AGAGGAAAGAAAGAGAGUGUGAGUUCAAGCUCUCUUUUUUCAAAAGAAGAGAAAAAAAAAUAGUUUGACUUAGAUUCUCGAUCCUCAAACUUCACUCAAAGAUCUAGAUUUCAUAAGAAAUUAUAUAAAAUUUGACCACUUUGGGUGGCACUUUCACAUUCCAGCAAUGGCAUACAAAUCUCAGAGCUGAGUGUCCUGCUCACUCCACUGCUUCAGUCCCAGGUUUUCUGAUCUGGGUGUUGAUUUUGUAUACUCUUUCUUGAAGUGGAAUCUCAGAAGAUAAAUGGCUCCAAAUACAGUUGUAGUCACAGUUGAGAAGCCUAUGAAGUCUGUGCUAGGAGUGACUGGUAUGGAAUCCUCUUUGUUUCUUGAAAAGCAAAAAGCAGUCAGCCCAAAGCAACUCACAUGGGUUUUUCUUCUCAAAGUUCAGAGAACUCUAGCUUGCCUUUCAUGGAUGACCAUGGCUUCCAAGACCGUGUUUGUUGCAGCCAAGAAACGCAUUGCCGUGUCUGACUUAAAUGAUGAUGAGCCUAAAAGCAGAGGGAAGCUCUACAGAUUCAUCAAGGCUUUUCUUGCUUUGUCAAUUGUUGCUUUGGUCAUUGAAAUAGUUGCCCAUUUCAAGAGCUGGAAUUUAAAUCUGAUUCAACCAUGGGAGGUUCAGGGUCUUGUGCAAUGGACCUAUAUGGCAUGGCUAUCAUUCAGGGCUGACUAUAUUGCCCCUGUGGUGAUCAUGCUCUCUAAAUUCUGUACUGUACUAUUCUUGAUUCAAUCUCUUGAUCGCCUAGUUUUAUGUUUUGGAUGUUUUUGGAUCAAGUACAAGAAAUUGAAGCCCACAAUAGAGCCAGAUGCUUAUGACACUGAGGACCCUGCAAGUUUCCCAAAAGUCCUUGUUCAGAUUCCAAUGUGCAAUGAGAGAGAGGUGUACGCACAAUCCAUUGCAGCAGUUUGUCAGUUGGAUUGGCCAAAAGAUAGGAUUCUAAUCCAAGUCUUGGACGAUUCGAGUGAUGGAGCAGUACAGCUUCUAAUCAAAGAAGAAGUCUCUUCAUGGAAUCAGAAAGGGGUCAACAUUGUCUACAGACACAGAUUGAUCAGAACUGGUUACAAAGCUGGCAACCUCAAAUCAGCAAUGUCAUGUGAUUAUGUCAAAGACUAUGAAUUUGUAGCCAUAUUCGACGCAGACUUCCAACCCAAUUCUGAUUUUCUUAAACAAACUAUUCCACACUUCAAGGGAAAGCCUGAUGUGGGACUUGUUCAAGCUCGGUGGUCUUUCAUUAACAAGGAUGAGAAUCUACUCACAAGGCUGCAGAACAUCAACCUGUGCUUCCAUUUUGAAGUGGAGCAGCAAGUGAAUGGUGUCUUUCUCAACUUCUUUGGGUUCAAUGGAACUGCAGGAGUUUGGAGAAUUAAGGCCUUAGAAGAAUCGGGUGGUUGGCUUGAGAGGACAACUGUUGAGGACAUGGAUAUCGCGGUUCGAGCUCAUCUGAAUGGAUGGAAAUUUGUCUUCCUUAAUGAUGUCAAAGUAGUAUGUGAAGUACCAGAGUCUUAUGAAGCCUAUAAGAAACAGCAGCAUCGAUGGCACUCCGGUCCAAUGCAGCUCUUCAGAUUAUGCCUUCCUGCCAUCAUAACUUCAAAGAUAUCAAUGUGGAAGAAGGCCAACUUGAUAUUCCUAUUCUUUCUUCUGAGGAAGCUAAUUCUACCCUUUUACUCAUUCACAUUGUUCUGUAUCAUACUCCCAUUGACCAUGUUUAUCCCUGAGGCUGAAUUGCCUCUUUGGGUGAUCUGUUAUGUCCCCAUUUUCAUGUCAUUUCUCAACAUUCUCCCAGCACCUAAAUCAUUCCCAUUUCUUGUCCCAUACCUUCUGUUUGAGAACACAAUGUCAGUGACAAAGUUCAAUGCCAUGGUAUCCGGCCUAUUUCAACUCGGAAGCGCCUAUGAAUGGGUGGUGACAAAGAAGACAGGAAGAUCAUCUGAGUCAGACUUAUUGGCCCUUGCAGAGAGGGAAUCAAAGUCUUCCAAUGAAGAAAAGAUCUUGAGGAGAUAUUCGGAAUCCGGUUUAGAACUUCUAAGUAAACUCAAAGAACAAGAAGUUAAAAUUGAAGUACCUUCCAAGAGCAAGAAGAACAAGACCAACAAGCUCUACAAGAAGGAGCUUGUGCUUGCUUUUCUUUUACUCACUGCCUCAGCUAGAAGCCUCUUAUCUGCUCAUGGAGUCCAUUUUUAUUUCUUGCUUUUCCAGGGAUUGUCUUUUCUUGUUAUGGGAUUGGACUUGAUAGGGGAACAGAUUAGCUAAUAUGAUCACAGAGUGGGAAUUUGUUUACUUUGGUUUUUUUUUUAACUGUUAUAUAUGUUGAACUUACAGA